CAGACUCGAACUCCAAGGCAUGCUAUGUCUUAUCUAUCGUGCUACGUCUUAAACCGGGAGACCAUUUCUCGUCAAGAUGCGGCGGACACCCUUUGUAUUAUUUGUCAUUGCAUUUUGCUUCAUCGGCUCAGUAAUUGCAAAUCUGAGUCUGCCUCCGAGGUUCAGUCUGCGCAAGCGUCUCCCACGUUCACUUGUAGACAUCCCUCACUUACGGCACGAACAAGGCCUGCAGGACGAUACUGAACUAAGAAAUUGGCUUUCCAAACAACAGCCAGUAAUGAACAAGAUGUUCUCUUCCUCGUCAAGAGAGAACGACAGUGAGAAGCCUGUUGUCUCUGAUGUUCUUCCCAAGAACCGUGCCAUCAAUAUAUUUGCUUCUCUUACUCGGCAGUUUGAGCCUAUUGAAUCACGCCUUACCGAUUCAUCCAAAAAUACUACUGUCCUAGCUCCUCGGAACAGUGCUAUUCAAAGGUUGCCUUGCAAGCCCUGGGAGAACCCAGAAGACUACGAGAAGUUUGGUGGGGUGAGCGCAUAUGAAGGACAGGAAGGUGAAGAUAGAGCGAAGCAGAAUUUACAACGUUUCGUCGAGGCUCACAUCAUUACAACAAGUCCAUGGAGGGAGGAUGAAGAGGUGGAGACGCUUGGAGGGGCGAAACUGAAGUGGACCAAAGAUGGCGAUAAGAUAUAUAUCCAACCGGGUAAUGUCGAGGUUGACAAUAUCGCUGAGACGGUGACAAACGGUGAGCUUUGGAUUUUAAACGGCGUCGUCAACUACCGUUGAAAUCCUCUGUUUGCGAAGUACUGCACCGUUCGAGCAAUUAUCACACAAAACCCUCGAUGUAUAUCUGGAGGGAUGGAUGAGUUAUGCAUUGAACGACUUCCUUUAUAUACCAUAAUCUAUGUUCACGUCAGGCUUGCCAUGUCCUACAAUCCCCUGAAGUAUUCAUUUUCUCAUUUUUGCCUGUUAUGAAGAACAGCGGGAGUUUAGAUAGCCAACACAGUCAUAUUGUAUUGUUUGGAGGAUUAAGACACACUUGUUUGACUCUCCUCUAUAUGAAUAUAAAACAGUAUAAGGGAGAACUGUUUCCGCGCACCCAACACCAAUCAGCGAAUUUCCUUUGAGGCAUAGUUAUGUAGGACUCUCUCCUCAAUACCGUCCAGAAUA